GCCGUCUGCCUCUUCCAGCACACCCUCAUUACAUGUGUCUGUCUGCUCAUCUGUUCAGAGACGCUCUGAAGAAGUCGGGAAUUCUUCCUCCUCUCCACUCCUCUGUGGAAUUAGAUCGCAACUCUUCGGAAGCGUCUGUUCCGUAGCCCUCCUCCUCCUCCUCACAGGGCGCCUGCCUGCCUGCCUAUGUGGGAUUGCUUUACAGCUUUCACAGCCUGUGCGUGUGGCUUUUUUUAUUUCUAGAAUGGAAGAAGCUGAACUGCUGAAGGAAAGAUUUCAGGCCAUAACAGACAAGAGGAAGCUGCAAGAAGAAAUCACCCAGAAACGCCUUAAAGUAGAAGAAGAAAAACUAAAACACCACUACUUGAAGAAAAAAGCCCUGCGUGAGAAAUGGCUCUGGGAUGGAUUAAGCACUCUCUCCGCAAAAGAACAAGAAGAAAUGCAAAACCAGAACCGAGAGGAUCAACGACGCAUGAAUGAGCUGGAACAAAAUAUCCUCAGACUUGAGAAAGAAAUAGAGGACCUUGAGCAAGAAGAGCUGACAAUCUCAGCUAAAGAAAAGGCCAUACUAAAGAAGCUUAAAUCAGUUGAAAGGACAGCGGAAGAUAUCAUAAAGUCUGUGAAGGUGGAAAAAGUAGAGGCUAGAGAAGAAUCAGCUGACUUUAUAUAUGCCAACAUACCUGACCUCCCAAAAUCUUUCAGACCUUCUGCACUUAAAAGAACAGGACAUCUGAAAACAGAGAAUGAUGAAGAAAGUCGAAAAGAAAUGUUUGCAAUGGAAAUUAAAGUCGAAAAAGACAUGAAGACAGGGGAAAGCACAGUUUUGUCUACAAUUCCUCUUCCUUCAGAAGAAUUCAAAGGUGCAGGAGUGAAAGUGUACGAUGAUGGCAGGAAGUCAGUCUAUGCCGUGUGCACCAAUGGAGGCAUAACAAACAAUGAAGUAGAUGAUCUUGCACCUGUUGAAGUGGAGGACCUCUUAAGGCAAGCCACUGAAAAACAAUCCAAGUCUCCCACCGAAUAUCAUGAACCUGUGUAUGCAAACCAGUUUUGCAGACCAACAACUCCCCAGCAGGAGAAGUUAACUCAGGGACCAAAUGGUGAAGAUGCUAGUCAAAAUAAGAUUCAUAGACUUGACCAUUGUAGUGAACCCUUCUAUAAUAAAGCCAAAGGGCAAACACUGGAAGACAACAAUCUUUCAAAGAGCAGCCAAGAGAAUUCUCAUUCUCCAAUCCCUCAACAAACAGAAAGAAUUGUACAAAUUAGCCCCCCAAACAAGAUGGUGCCUAAUGUCCCAAGAGAAGUUAUACAAGAUGCUUUCAAACCAGUUCAGAAAACAAGAGAGAAUCAACAUGAUUUAACAUUCAGAAAUUCCACAAACACUAAUGAAAGGUCUUCCCCUGCAAUGCAAAGUAAUGAAGAUUCUAGCUACACAGUGGUCCACGCAAUGCCAUGUUAUGUGGAUGAUAGUGAACCUGUUACAAUGAUUUUCAUGGGUUACCAGCAUGUGGAGGAUGAAGAAGUGAAUAAAACUGUCUGUGGAUACAAUGGGCUUAUCCAUGCAGAACUUGUGGUCAUAGAUGAUGAUGGGGAAGAAGAGGACAGUAAACCUGAGAAGCCUUUGUAUCACCCAGUGGGCCCUUCCAGCCAAGUGUAUCAACCACCCAACCAAACAGCUACAAUUCCACAGAGGAACCCCAGCAAAACUGUCAGUGACAACGUGAACAGAUCACCUCACAAAAAUUCUAUAUCGCUCAAGGAACAAGACGAAAGUUUGAGCGGUUCUACCUACAGUGCUGAACUGGAUGGCCAGUUACCAGGUGAUGGAACCGAAGAUCCUUCCUUAACAGCACUAAGACUGAGAAUGGCAAAGCUCGGGAAAAAAGUCAUCUAACAUCCACGGCAGUUUCUUACUAAAUGUCUGGGUGUGAGCAACAGAAUGCAGUAGAAGAAACCAAGAAGAAUUUUCUGCCCUCUUUGGACCUCAAAGCUUUUGCUUGUACAAACAUAUAUACAUAGGAGUAGCAGCACUUUAGGGACAAUGAACCACCAGUGAGAAACAGCAGCAUUUGCCCUCUGGUAACUUGGCUUUGUCCAUAUAAACAAAUUGUAAACAUUUUAUAGUUUUCUAGUCCAUUUAAGAAAUCCUGAUAGCUUUCUUUUUUAAAAUUUAAGUCUCUCAGUGUUAUUGUAUGACAAGUCAGUUUGUAAGAGCCAUUGUCUUUGACAGGACUACAGCCAAACAGCGGAAAGUUAUUAAAUGAAAGUACUUGUGUGUCAGGGACAGCGUGGAACACUGCUAAAAGACCAACCAAACCACAGCAAGGGUAUGUCAACAAGACUUGCAUGUUCUUAACAGGCCAAUCUGGAGCAGGGCCCGGGAGGUGAUAACUCUCCUAAAGCCAGUGACCUAGCCUGGAAUCAGGAACUCUGCUCAAGUAUGGCAAGGUCAAGGACCAAUUCACUGUGGAUGAAAAUCGACUCUGGUCAUCACUUCUCUAUCCUUUAAGGUUGAUGACUUAUACUCCUUUGGCUCUUUGUUUUCUUCUGUGAUCCAAAAGGGUGUACAGCUGAUCAAGUCACCGGAGGAAACCAAAACCAGUGUUAAACCAUUGAGAAGGUUUAGUAUUAUAUUUUCCCUAAUUUUAACUGUUUCAAUCUAUUCCAAAUAUAAUAUUCUUGAAAUUUCAGCUGCCCAUCCUGAUUUUUGUUCUUUAUUUCUCUUAAGCAUCACACAUGAAAUAAAUAAUACAUUUAUU